UUGGCUCAGACAUGCCGGUCUCAACUCAACUUUGAUUCUCACUGGCAUGUUCCUCGAUCUUGUGCCAUAUACGGGGCCGUCGUUUCCUUGGCGACUUGUCGCUGUUUUGUUGAGCUGCCUGGGCCUGUACACCUGCCUUUUGCUCUGCGUGUGGGCUUGCUGCUGUCGCUCAGUGACAUCGAGCGGGGUGUACAGAUCCAGGGCGCCCAGCGAUGAACAGGCUGCGCGCCUGACAAUACUCACGGCACAAGCGUAGCGCCAUAUCAUCUGUGACGUCAUGCAAUUCCGAGACUUGGGGACUUGGGGGGGCACCGAAGGGGUCCGCAAUCACUAUACUUGCCCUUUUGGAAGUUGCCGGACUUGAGCCACCUUGCAUUCUUGCAGGCCGGGCAUCACUGUGCCAUCCAGGGCCCAACUCGGGCAGGAGUCUUUGCAAGGACAUGCAGAUUCAUACACCACCAGCAUCGACUCUUCCAGCUGCAAAAGCGAUGGCGACGCGAAAAGUCAAGAUGGACACCAUCAACCAGGCUGACCAUGAUCAAGUUGAAAUUUUGGGUUCAUCUGCAUUUCAGAGAGCGUGGGCAAAGUCUAUCAUGACAAGGUUGGGUGGCUUUCCGCCUGAUGAUGCAGAGUCGCGCGCUGAGCAACUGACCACACUUCACUCAUUGUUCACUUCGGGCCGAGCGCCCCACACUGACAUGGCAGUCUGGGGCCCCUUUUAGCACAGGGCCCAAAGAAGACGCGCGUGAAAGGGACGGGAUUUAACAUUCGGAUGUUUGACCAGAUCAGCCUGGCCAAGCUUGACAACUAUGAGAAGCUGUCCGACACCGUAGCGCCUACCAUCCAUCAGGCCGAUGUCAGUCCAGGUUGGAACAGACAGAGCGAACGAGACGCAGCAGACUUUCUUGUUUUCACAAGGGAGUGGGCGUUCGACGAGCUGGUGCUGGAUGUUCCAUGCUGGCAGCGUGAGGUGAUUGAGCCUCGCACGUUUCUUGCACAGGGCGAACAUACAGCAGUUGAUUGACAAUGAUGCACCGCUGGCAACCCGGCCCAUCUAGGUCGGCAAGCGGAGGAUCCACCAAACCCUCGAAAAGGCAGAGCGGAACCAGCUAUACGCAAAAUAUGAGUGAGGCGUUGAAUUGCGCCGCGUGUUCCGAAGCGCCGAACGCAUGGAGAAAUCGGCGCCGCCAGUGUGCAAACAUUUGGUUGGAGUGCAGGGCAGGCAAGUGUCCAAGUGAUGAACCAAAGGCCCCAUGGCCCGGCCAUGCAAUAUAGCCACAGCUUCGAAGGUCGAUCCGCUGGACACCUGCCCAGGAACUAUGUCAACCUCACAAGGCGCCGCCUCCUUCUGUGCAAGUAUGCGUGGACAGCUAGAAAUUUUCUGGCCCGGAGAUUUGGAGAAACACGUCGUCCACUUCGGCCAUCUUGCAGCCUUUGCAGCUUGCAGCCAGACGCGCCGCACGGAGCGUGACGCGGGGCACUGGUCCUGUGACCCUAUAGGCCACAGGAGAGAUGAAUCCUGGAACGCAACUGUAGAUCUGUUCGUGGCCGGAACCUUCUUCUUUUGUACAAGCUUGAGACUUUCCCUGUUGUUGGUGGACAGUGUGUGGUUGGAUGCCCGACCAGUCAGGUGAGUUUCUGCCUGCCGCCCAGCAAGAAUGACUUUGCGGCUCUCUUUCUUACCCACGUUGUCCAGCGAAAUUGUUGAGAAACGCAAAGCGGUCGGGGACCUUCGAAUGGUUGCUUUUUACAGUAUGGGCCAUUUGUGAAGCGCCCUUUGGCUUGGAAAGACAGUCUAUAUCCAAGCGCAGCUAGCCAAGUCCUGAGCCAUGGUGGAUCGGGCUGAAGCCAAACCUUUGCCUGGGGACGUUCUUCAUGUCAUCAGCCACGGGCCUGCUAUCCUAUUGGAGGCA